UGAUUAUAGUAAAGAUGCAUAAGUGUUGUAUUUUUGAUUUUCUCAUGUUGUCAACUAAUUAUGCCGACGUCUUCUAUUUUCACAAAUUAUGCAUAAUUUUGACUUCUUUCUUCUCACGUCUGAAUCCUUUACUAUCGGCUUAAAUCUUCUUUUAUUUUGCCUAUUAAUUCUAAACGAUAGAUUGUACUCUACUUCUAUUUGUUGGUUCUCUACUUUGUUCCUAAUAAACUGGAAAACCCAAUAUAUUUUAGCUAUAGGAUAUCACUACUAGUGAUAUUACAAUAAAAGGAAAUUCUAUCUGUCAAAGUCCGACGGCGGUAUAUGGGGAAUCAACC